GUGAGUACUUUGCUGACGGCGGCGUUGGUGGCGCGCUCUGCGGCCGCGGUGGCCUUCAGCUGCGGACGCGCGCCCCCGGCACCGCCCCCGCGCCCCGGCCGGCCGGAGCCCCUGGCGGGCGGCGCGCCCGCCGACGCCCACGCCAUGCUGGGCCUGGGAGCGGCCGUCGCCGUGCUGCUCGCCUGGCUGGGCGAAGAGACCAAUGUGUACGUUGCCCUACUCGCCAUGGGCACCAUCGCCACCCUCGGGGCGUCGUGCGCCGCAUGGGACUCUGGCAGGCCCCUCUUACGCAGAGUCAACUACUGCUAUGGACACAUGAAAAAUUCUUUCAAAUCUACAGUUGCACAUUGUGCGCAGGAAGGCUCCGCCAAAUUCAGAAAUUCCAGUUUCCCCUACGGAACUCUACAAAAUUUAUAAUGUAAUUACUUUUACCAGAAAAAUAUAUUUUAUAUGAAAAUU